AUGUAUAAAGGAUUUUCUAGAAUAUUGGCUAUUUACUGCACUGAUAAAUUACAACCUUGUUUUUCUCCGUUUUUUAACUCAGUUUUAAGUACUCGUAAAUGGUAUCUCGGUAGUAUAGGUUAUGUUUGUAAGAGAACGAAAAAAUAUGAUAAAGGCCCUUCUGCUCUUUUUACGCCGGUACCAGUUAAACCAAAUCCCGAUGACAUAAAUAUAGGAGAAGAAUUUACGGGACGACUAAAGAAACAGGAUUUGUUAAAAAUUCUAAACAAAUUUUAUCAGAAACCGGAGGUUAGAUUGCUAGCUUCAGAAAAUGGUUUGGAUGAUCAGUUAUUGCAUCAGGCUUUUUUGUCAUUUAGAAGACAUUGCUUGGAACAUGAUUUACCUCCAGACUUGCACAUAACAAUAAGUGACAUUUUAAAUGGUGCUGGUCAUAUUGAUGAUUUAUUUCCAUAUUUUCUUCGGCACGCCAGAUUAGCAUUCCCACAUCUGGACUGUUUGGAUGAUUUGAAAAAAAUAUCAGAUCUGAGAACUCCUGCAAAUUGGUAUCCUCAGGCUCGUAAUUUAAAUAGAAAAAUUAUAUUUCAUGCUGGACCUACUAAUUCUGGAAAGACUUAUCAUGCUAUGGAGAGGUUCCUUAAAGCAAAGUCUGGUGUUUAUUGUGGACCAUUGAAAUUACUUGCUACUGAAAUAUAUCAUAAGUCUAACAGUAAAGGUACGCCAUGUGAUUUAAUUACUGGUGAAGAAAGGCGGCAUGCAUCACAAUACCAGACAAUAACAGAAAGCUUAGACAAUGAAGACAAUCCAGAGACUGAAAAUUAUCUAUUAAGCGAACCUGAGCUUACUCCGUCUAGUCAUGUUGCUUGUACAGUUGAGAUGACUUCUCUAAAUGAUACAUAUGAAGUUGCAAUUAUUGAUGAAAUCCAAAUGAUUGGGGACAGAGGCAGAGGCUGGGCGUGGACAAGAGCUGUGUUAGGACUACAAGCUGAUGAAAUUCAUUUGUGUGGGGAAGCUGGUGCAAUUAAUCUCAUAGAAGAAAUUUGUUAUACUACCGGUGAAGAAAUAGAGGUACGUACAUAUAAAAGACUAACAGAGCUCAAAGUGGAGGAUAGUGCAUUGGGCUCUUUGGACAAUGUGAAGCCGGGUGAUUGCAUAGUAUGCUUCAAUAAGAACGAUAUAUACAGUGUAAGCAGAGCCAUUGAACAGAGAGGUCAUGAAGUCGCGGUUAUAUACGGAAGCUUACCUCCUGGAACUAAAUUAGCGCAAGCGAAUAAGUUUAAUGAUCCGGAGAGUUCCUGUAAAGUAAUGGUUGCGACGGAUGCGAUCGGACUUGGUAUCAAUUUGAGUAUAAGAAGAAUAAUCUUCUAUUCCUUAAUUAAGCCUAUUGUCAAUGAAGAUGGUGACAAAGAAAUGGAUGUUAUCAGUAUAUCUCAAGCCUUACAAAUUGCCGGCAGAGCUGGCAGAUAUGGCAGCGCUUGGGAGACGGGUUACGUAACGGCGUUCAAACCGGAAGACUUGGCUACGUUAAAAACUUUGUUAUCUAAGCCAUCUGAUCCAGUGACGCAAGCGGGAUUGCAUCCGACCGCCGAACAAAUGGAGUUAUAUGCGUAUCACUUACCUCACGCGAGUCUCAGCAGCCUAAUGGACAUAUUUGUGCACCUGUGUACAGUGGACGACUCGUUAUACUUCAUGUGUAACACGGAGGCGUUCAAGUUCCUCGCGGAGAUGAUACAACAUGUUCCUUUACCCCUGCGAGCGCGAUACGUGUUCUGUUGCGCGCCCAUAAACAACAAGUUCCCUUUCGUGUGCGCCACUUUCCUCAAGAUGGUCCGUCAAUACAGUCGAAAUGAGCCAAUCACAAAGAGCUGGCUCAGCAAUGUAGUCGACUGGCCGCUGCCCUCACCGAAGACCAUAAUGGAUCUUGUCCAUUUGGAAGCUGUCUUCGAUGUUCUUGAACUUUACCUCUGGCUAAGUUACCGAUUCCCGGAUAUGUUCCCCGAUGUGAAACUCGUUCGAGAAAUGGAAACUGAAUUGGACGCGAUAAUACAGCAGGGUAUCUUCCAAAUAACGAGGUUACUAAGAAACUCGGAACAAGUACUGAAAGAGGGACACGAGAAUGUGGAGGUAUUAGGCCGAGGAAAGAAAUCUACACACGUACAUUCGAGAGGUGACGAAUCUAAAGGAAAACUGUCUGAAAUGCUGGUUGCGAAAGGCCUGAUCACGCCGCAGAUGUUAAAGAAACUUCAACAAGAACUCUCAGCAGACAACACGGAGAGGGGAAGGAAGAAAACGAACAACAGAAAUAGAAGAAAAUAA